AUGGAGACCCUCUCCUAUACCUAUGGAGGGUCUGAAUCGAAGAGCGCUUCCGGAGAAAAAAGCGCAGGUGUCCGCCCAGGGUCUGAGAGCCCUGCUCGGCCCGGCCUGCCCAUCCCUCGGACGCUGUCCACCCGCCCACCGACGGCUCUUGGCCAUGAGGAACGGAGCGGCGAACGUUUCCUGGCAAAUGAGUCCUGGCAGGGUGAGGGGUUUCGGGCAUCACCGCCCGCCCUUCCAGCGCAGAUCGAAGCGAUUCCCUGCAAGGUCUGCGGAGACCGCUCGUCUGGCGUGCACUAUGGAGUCGUCACCUGCGAGGGCUGCAAGGGUUUUUUCCGCCGCAGCCAGCAGGGGGCGGCCUCCUACUCGUGCGCCCGGCAGCGCUCGUGCCCCAUCGACCGUGCCAGCCGCAACCGAUGCCAGCAUUGCCGCCUGCAGAAAUGCCUCGCCCUGGGCAUGUCCCGCCACGCUGUGAAAUUCGGCCGCAUGUCCAAGAAGCAGCGAGAGAGUCUACACGCCGAGGUGCAGAAGCAGCUUCAGCAGCGGGAGCAAAGGCCGGAGGAGGAGGGGACCCCCCCGGCAGCCGCAGCUCCUGAGCCCCCUCCUCCCCUAGGCCCGGACCACCCGGAGACCCCCGUGUGCCCUCCGGACCCCUGCCCCUACCGCGGCCCCCCGGCCAAGCAGGGUCUCAAUGGGGCCUGCACUGGACUUCCACAGGCCCCCGAUACCCCCUGGAUGGAAAUAGAGCGGCUGGUUCGGGAUGUUUGCCAAUCCUUCCGUCAAACGUGCCAGUUCCGUUUGGACCACCUCCAGCGCCUGCGCCCCCUCCUCUUCUCUCGGGAGGAGGUGGCCGGUUACCAGCGGAAGACGGUGUGGGAGAUGUGGCGGUGCUGCGCCUGGCGCCUGACGGAGGCCAUCCAGUCCGUGGUGGAGUUUGCCAAGGGGCUCCCCGGCUUCAUGGAUCUGUGCCAGCACGACCAGAUCGUCCUGCUCAAAGCCGGCGCCAUGGAGGUGGUGUUGGUGAAGAUGAGCCGCGCCUUCAACGCCGACAACCGCACGGUCUUCUUCGAGGGCAAAUACGGGGGCUCCGACAUCUUCCGCGCCCUGGGCUGUGCUGAACUGGUCGGUGCCAUCUUCGACUUCUGCCAGUCUCUGUGCGCCCUGCGCUUCUCCGAGGACGAGAUCUCGCUCUACGCCGCCCUGGUCCUCAUUAACGCCACCCGGCCUUGCCUGCGGGACCGAGAGAAGGUGCAUCAGCUCCAGCGCCUUUUGGAAGCCGGUCUCCACCUCCUCCUGGGCGGAUCGCACCGCGUGGACGUCCUGGCCCAGCUCCCACCCAAGACGAAGCUCCGGGCCUUGUGCAGCCAACACGUGGAGCAGCUCCGGGCCUUCCAGCGCCUGUACCCGGCCUUGGCCCCAGACACCUUCCCCCCGCUCUACCGCGAACUCUUCGGCGGCGAAGCCGAGACCCCCGGGGGAACCGGCCCGUGA